GUUCCAGAAAGUGAAUAUGUAGAAGACGAUCGAAAUAGAGUUGAAUAUUAUAAAACUGCAUCAAAUGAUUUAGACGAUCGUGCAAUUAAAAAAAGAACAUAUGUAUGUGAGAAAGCUGGAAAGUAUAAGCCUAAGAAAUCGAAGCCAAUUGAGCAACAAUGCAAUAAAGGAUCAAAGAAAACUGACUGCAAAUGGCAUAUUAAUUUAAGUAAGCCAGAAGCAAGCAAUUACGUGUAUAUAACCUUUGUUUCCCUUAAACAUAAUCAUGAUAUUAAUAUCGACAAUAUGAGAUUUGCUCCAGCAUUUCGAAAAUUUAAUGAAUCUGUAAUAAGUGAAAUUGAAUAUGCUGUUGUGUAUGGAUAUUGCAAUGCAUAUACUAUAAGGAAUUUGCUACAACCUUUGUUUCUUGAUCAACUCUUUCUUAUACAAGAUCUAUCAAAUGCAAUUCAAAAGAUUAAAUGUGAAAAGAAAGUUGUUGGAUCUGAUGCAUCUUACUUAUUAAAGUUUUUACUUGCACAGCAAAAAGAAGAUCCUACAAUGUUCGUUCAGCCUUUGAUAAAUAUAGAUAAAAAGUAUCCAAGUACAAGCCAAUAUCUAAAUAAUACUAUUUACUCAACCUGGGAGUCUUGGGCAAGAGUAUUUAUAAAUCAGAUAUUCACAGCUAGAAUGCAAUCAACACAGCGUGUUGAAUCAAUUAAUGCAAUUAUUCAUAGAGCAAUUGCCUCUAGCUCUAGCAUGUCAGAUGUGGUUAAAGCUUUAAAACUAAGGUUUUUUAGUAAGGUUAACAAUACUAUUCAUAAAUAUUAUAUACCACGGAUAAUUGAAAAAAUUCACAAACAAAUAUGUGAAUUGGUACUUUAUAAAUGCAAAAAAUUGGAUAUUAAUGAUGCUUUUAAAUUUGAAAAUGACUUAGAUCUGGAAGUAUAUGAUAGACUAAAUGAUGAUCAAAUAGAUCAAGAUAAUCAAGAAGAAACAAUAGAAAAUAUUGAAGAUUAUUAUAAUAUUCAGCAAAUAUAUUUAAAGACACUUUUAAAUUCU